AUGGAGUACGUCGACGCCGGCACGCAGACCUGCCCCCUCUGCGGCGACCCCUCCUCCGGAGCGCUCGAUCGCCCGCCGCGCGACGAACCGUACCCGGAGUGGCUGAAGGAGCAGUGGGAGAUUCUCAACGGCCGGGACCUGUCCGAGGAGGAGCGCACCUACAACAAAAACUGGUACCUGUCGAGGCACGCGAACAAGGACUGCGUCCCCGUCCACAAGGCCAACCCAACGUACGAAGCCCCGAGGGAGAGGCACGUCGAGGGUGACCCGACGGCCCCGCCGAAUUCCUCGAGGAGCAAGCCGAGGAUCCUCUGCCACAAGGAGUCGUUCGCGCCGCUUCGUCCUCCUGGAGACCUCGAGGGACCCGGCUGGGAGUACCGAACCACGUACGACGGAGGCGGCAACUGCUCGGGCAUCAACGAACCCAUCAACGGCCUGUGGUGA